CUUUCUUCGCCUUACCCCGAUGAAGCGCUCUCAAACCAGCUCACCCGUGGCCGAUAAAUCGCACAAAAACAAAAAGCCGAAACUCGCAUUCACACCGUCUCAGACUCCGGACGAUCAUGCAAAUGGGGCUGACUCUGAAGGCUGGACCAAAGUUUCCAAGCGCAAGCAGAAAAAGCUAGAUAAACAAGUCUCGAAAGGCGAAAAUAUGCAACCGCGCUUCAUGUACGCGAAUAGCGAGAUAGUCAAGAGAACUAAUGCGAUCGGCAUUGAGGAUGUUCGAGACCUCGUUCUGCAUAUGAGCGCUGACGCAUCUCCUCCGAACUGGCUCCGCAUCAAUGAUUCAAAACUCAUCCAAAAAGUAGUCACACUAUUCAUUCCCGGCAUCACGCCCGAGCUUUUGGAUCUUCCUCCCCUCCCGACCGUCGCGACAGCGAAUCCGAACAUUCCGCUAUCUAUCCCGCUCCCUACACCGAGCUCGUCAUCUGCGUCGAUUCCUUUCAUCGCCUCGACUUUCAGUCACGCCUGCCCGACGAGGGCUCCAGGCGACCAAACGCAUAUGCAUAGCAUCUUGACGGCGUUCUUCCAAGGUCCAAUCACUUCGGCUGAGCUCAAGAAGCGGUUGACUCAAAACCAGACACAACAUGGUGGAGAAUGAGUACCCAGUGCCAUCGUACAUGGCUGAUGUGUUUGAGCAAACGGAGGGGUGGGUAGAAACGCCCCAGGAGCCGACGACAGCGCUUCUAGAAGGGCUAGAGUUACCGAAGCGGAAGGUGUACUGUGUCGAUUGCGAGAUGUGUCAAACACAAGCUGGCAAGGAGCUUACUCGUGUUUCUAUCAUUGAGUACUACACGGGGACUAUCGUGUAUGAUCAGCUCGUCAAACCCGCGAAUCCCGUCAUCGACUACUUGACACGAUGGUCAGGUAUCACAGCUGAACAGCUAGCACCGGUCACAACCACCCUAGCUCAGGUCCAAACGCAUAUACUCAAAUUGCUCUCUCCGCCUGCUCCGAAUCCCUUCUCCGCCGCUGCGAAACCUACCGAACCAUUCUUAACACCCAUCCUUGUCGGCCACUCGUUGGAGUCCGAUCUCAAAGCACUCAAACUCUGUCAUCCCAUAUGCAUCGAUACCGCUCUGCUAUAUCAUCAUCCUCGCGGGCGGCCGCUGAAACCGGGUCUUGCUUGGCUCACGAAGAAAUGGUGUGGUCGAGAGAUCCAGACCCGUGGCGAUGGGGGACAUGAUCCUCAGGAAGAUGCUCAAGCCUGUUUGGAUCUGCUUAAGAAAAAGGUCGAGAUGGGUCCUGGUUUUGGCGAGUUCAAGACGGACUACGAGUCAAUAUUUGAACGGAUGGGUCGUUCAUCCAAGAGCGGUGGAGAAAAGCAUCGGUCGGCAGUGGUCGAUAUCGGCAAUCCGGGCCUCAUGCAUGGCAGCAAGGCGACGACUUCUGUUGGGUGCAAGGAUGACGCCGAAAUCCUUGCCGGACUGUUGGAUGCCCUGCCUUCACACGAUUUCGUGUUUGGUAGGUUCAUGGCGCUUGCGAACGUGCUGGGCUGGUCAGUGCCCAAACCUGAACAGGGAGCACCUGCACCGCCGAUGGCGACUCCCCCAUUGCCAGAUGUCCUGAAUCCGGUGCUCGCUCAGCUGGACCAACAUCUGAAAACCCUCUACGCGAAUCUGCCACCGAGAACAGCCCUUGUCAUCUUCACCGGACAUUCCGAUCCUCGACACAUGGCGCGCCUGAAUCAUCGCAAGACGGCGUUUGAGACUGCCAUCCGGGGAGGACUGCCUCCGGAAGAAUUGCCGCAGGAAUUGCGUUGGACAGCUGCUGAUGGAAGGGACUUGGAAGAGUCAGUCGCUCGAGCUAAACGCGGCUUGCUGUUUCUCGGUGUAGUCAGCGGUUGAGAUCCAUAAAUUCCCGCUUUCAUAAGUACUUUUGUGUCUUACGGAUAGCUGCGACAAUGUAUCUCCACGCCCUGUCAGAAUUGAUGCACGCCAAUAUCAUAUCUUGAUCGCUGCCAUCACCUCGCCUUCUGCUAUGCACUGAAGUCGACCUUCAUCUCCAUCUUCUACUUACCUAUCUACCUUACUACUCUUCUAUUCCGCUGGCCAUGGGAAGCGACGGUGGUCACUGCUCCUUCGUGCUCCUGGCAGAGUUUGACAUUCUCCUCGGAGCCCAACUCAAAUAUCAGUUCCCUCAGCCGCUCGGUGUCGAUGAGAGCGUUCUCGCCAUGUCUAUGCUACCGGACGGUGCCGAAACGCAGCUGGACGACUGGACCGUGUUUUUCCUCAAUCAGACGGCAUUCAACACCAUAUCCCCCGUCCUUGCGCUCGACACACCUGAAGUGAAGACGACGCCGCUCCUGGGGGAAGGGAGUCCCGGAAGCCAGGGGGACAAGCCGGACUUGCUAUGCGUGCUAAAUUUGGUGCGCACGAAGCACGACAAGACGUUGGAUCGGGGGGCAAGGGUACUGGCGUUGGCGAUAUGCACGAGGCAUCCGUUUAUUCAGAUAUUCAAGCCUGUGCUACUUAUGGCGCUUGACGACUACCUGGCCGAUCCGUCACAAGACUGCCUGGCGAGACUGUUCGACGCAGUUAACUCGAUGGAUCUUUCUGGGGCGCCACUUCUAUCGCGCAACGAAAAGAUGGUCAUGCGCUCGUCUGAGCGCAAAGACAUCUUCGCGGAGAAGAUCUCAACGCCCGCAAAGCAGAGCUGGAACAACAGCAAAGCGAACCUCCAGCAUAAAGCGACGCAGUCGGCAGAAUCGUUUUCGAGCUUCGAGGAGGGGAUCUUGAUGCGGAGUAAAGAACGAGAGGAGUUGCCUCAUGCCCCUCCUCCACCGGCGCAUUCCACUGCCCAGUCUUCGCCAUCUGAAGCUUCAUUCUCACUCGGAGGUAGUGCGGUCUGGGUCGGGGAGGAGAGUGGGACAGAGGGAGCUAGUGCUGAGGAUGGAGAAGUGGAGAGUGUGAUGUCUUACGCUGGCACCGCGGUAACGGGCGCCACAAAUCGACGCCGAAGGUCAACAGAUGCUUCGUCUGCUUCCUCUCACAUGAAGGAUGGUAUGUUGCGCCCGUCGGCUAUGGCCGCACCGUCCUACAUGGACGCAUCCUAUCGCGGCGGAAUGACGAAGGACACCCAUUUCUACCAUACUACAGUACAAUACAAGGACCAUCAUCUUCCCAUCAAGAUGCCCUUGGCUACAUUUCCGGAAGAGGUUGGCGACUAUUCUCUGAUUACGCUCGUCAAAGCAUUUUCCAAUCCCAAUCUCGUCACUGGACCUUUCCAUCCUCAUCUACACACCAACGGACAGCAAACGCACCCGAUCAUCCUGCUGUUCAAUGCGCUUGUGACGGGGAAAAGAAUCAUCUUCCUCGGUCACAAGAAACCUGCCGGAGAGGUGUCCAGUUUCGUGCUUUCUGCUUGUGCUCUCGGCUCUGGGUGCGGUGCGGUCCUGCGCGGUUUCAUCGAGCGUGCGUUUCCAUAUGCCAAUCUGAACAAUCGCGACGAAUGGGAAGCAGUCCCAGCUUUCAUCGCAGGCGUGACCAAUCCUAUCUUCAAGUCAUCGCCCACCUGGGAUCUUCUGCUAGACAUCUCGACUGGGUCUGUGACUGUCGCACGCGAUAUCCAUGCUGCGCAUCCAGUCAGCACGACUUUCGCCUUCCCAGGCAUCGCCAGGACAGCGACAUUCAAUCCAGAAACGUCUCUUCCUAGUGAGGAGAAUGGGACGGGAGCUAAGACUGACUUCUUGCCGAAAGCGGAUCACAAUGCGGACAACAUAUUUAUGGAGGAGAUUAAAGCUGCGAUUGAGUAUCACUACGGCGAAAGCCUGGUGCGCAUCCGGUUUACGGAAUAUGUUCUGCGAUUCGUACGGCUGGCGUCACGAUACGAGGAGGACAGCACUGGUUCCACCAAGUUCGGGUAUCCGAGCUCCGGGUUUGACAGCCGGUUGCCGAAUCCGAGAUUGGGGAGCGGGAUUGUGUUCAAUGAUGACGCGGCAGGACGGAAAGAGCUCGCUGCGAACUCGCAGCGGAUUGAGGGAUGGCGCAAGACGAAUAGCUUCGAGUAUGCUUGUGCUGAUUUCCGCAACUCGCAGCUGAUGGAUUCGAUCCAAGGCUUUGACGUUUCGCACCAACUCUUCAGGAUACGACAUGCAAAGAAUAUGUCGGACGCGGAGAUUACUACGAUCAUGAAGACGCUGGCAGAGAGUGUCAAAACGUACGACCAAGUUGUAGAGUUGCUGGCAUACCUUAUGCCCCACGGCGGCGGCCUCUUGCACCUGGCAUUCGCUCUAUUCCAUCAGAAAGAGACCGUGCGUGAUGCGGCAGUAGAUCUAUUCAAUCAGCUGCGUGCUUUCCCGGUUGGAGUCAUGUUUCUCCAGGCAUUGAAUCAUUUCCAACGCUACGCCUAUGUCCGACAGGCCCAUGCGCGGGAACGACGGUUGCUAGAACAGCAACAACAGCCGAAACUGUAUGGGCCCCCGUCAACGACCCCGACUGUGAAUGGGGUGUAUUAGAAUCUUGUUUACUUGUUUGUUAGCCUUCGUUUACCUCCUAUCCAUUGGGUGUAUUGUGUACAAUGGUCUGUCUACCAGUGAUUCGACAGUGCUACUGAAGCAAACUCGAAGCAGAGGCUUCAGUCUGAUAUUUAGCUCUGGGGUCGGCGUCUCAAAGCUUUAAACCCGGACCACCGUGGGCCCGCAAGGUACCAGCAAGUUGCUCGCAUGCGCCAAGACUCGACCGCCUAGAAAAGGCAAUCCGAUUUCCACAUUGGGAUGGCUGACUGAAACAUGAUAUAUGUUGCAAGGCAACUCUGCGCUCAAGUCCUGCGCAACAAUCGCGCUUGAGCAAGUAAGCAAUUAAUCCCGUCCCAUGCUUAGCGUUUGUUGAUUGGGAGGCCUGAAAGGAAGGACUUCCUUCCACCUGAGAAUCUGUUGAAACUCGAAGAAGAGGCAGUGAAGAUGAUAAACAGGCAGAUUGGAUGCACGGUGCGACCAGUCAGCACAACGUGUGCACAAGUAUCGUGAGUUCGCCGAACGGAAUCCCGCGAAAAAGUGACGCAAAGCGGAGGCUUGCCGCACCCUCGUUUCAGGCACGCUGCACUUGUUUAGCAGCCGCGGAUUCCGCCGGAGCGUUUCGGGCUGAUUCGGAAGUGCAAUAAAGCGAGAGAAAUUUAAAUAGAAGCCCCGAGGUCCUGCCGACGCCGAAUUUGCGCAUAGGGUACUACUUGAUUCGGGUUUCCCCAUCUGAAUGCAGUCCAGAGAGCCCGGAAAAGAGACGACCGGAGAAAGAACCAGCGCCUCGUAGCACAACGUGGAAGUCUCGAAGUGCGGUCCGAGCUGAGGGGGACGGAGACCCGACAUGUAUCAGCCGGGGCAGAUGAUGGUCCGAUGACAGCUCUAGCCUGGUCUUCGGGGAUCACGGCCCACUGAUGCGGGAAAGGAGGGGGAGGAGGCGGACUUGACUCUUGAGCCGGUCGACAUUCCAGGAGGCAGAACAGUCGGUGCAGCAUGUACUUCUUGAACGUAAACUCUCAGACCCGGAAUCACGUCGC